AUCUUGUGUAUGCAGAAUGUUCCCUGCAGAAAGCGUUUUAACUUGGUAAGCGUUGUCUAGAUCAAUGAUACAUGCUGAUAAACUCCAGAUAAGUCGUUUUAAUAUGGAAUAGGGUAUUGGCAACCACCUGGGAGAAGUUAUUGGAUGGGUUUCUAGACCUUUUAUUUGGCUCUGGAUGAAGUUUACACAGUCAUUGCUGGUGCUGAUGGAGGUCCCACUUCAGAUCUAAGCGAGGAGAACAUCUCCUGAGGAUGUGGAGAUAGCUCCAAUUCCCUGCUAAUUCUUGGCUUUUGGUACACUGGAUAUAUGCACAUUCAGGAUUUCAUUCUUGGAGCUAAGUCGAUUUCGUGCUGGAAGUUAAAGUUUCAGGAAGGACUGUAUCUGCCCAGGGCUCUGUGGAUGGUUCCUUUUUCUCUGGGGCACAUGCGAUUUCCCACUAAUGACAACCACAUUGUGAAUUGAACAGUCUCUCCCUCUCUCCAACAUUCCUGGAACCUGGUCUUCUGGAAUUCAGAGCUGGACUCGAGGCUCUCUCUCAGGAUUUGGGGGAUUGCUUUCUUGUUGAGGCGAAACUCUUUUCCAACUUGUAUGAUCUUCAGAUGAUUCAUACAACAGGAAGGGCAGCCAACACUCUAUUUGGGACAAUCUAAAUAAUCUUCUAACCUUGAGGUGUUUGGGUGUACUUUUAAGACUCAUAGAGGAACAGAAAGAGUUUUCAGCCACCAUGGAACAUGUCAUAAGGACAUCCCUUAUUUUGGGAUGUCUUCUAAUGAUCGGUCCAUGGUCCAUCAGCAGUGAACACCCGUUACCAUCAAUAUUCCCAGAAAAAGAAGACAUGGUCGAACAGUUGUAUUCUUCCUUUACGCUCAAGUGCUCUAGCGAAAGUGAGCUGAGCUGGGAAUACCCAGAGUCUGAAGAUGAUAGUGGCAAUGUAGAUAUUUGGAGUGAAGAAAACAACAGUGGCCUGUUUGUCUCUGUACUUAAAGUCCACAAUGCUUCUGGUAUAAACACAGGACUAUAUACAUGCUACCACAACCACACUCAGAUAGAGGACUAUGAUAUUGAAGGCACCAGUAUAUAUGUCUAUGUUCCAGAUCCAUCGAUGGCCUUUGUCCCCUCCAUGAUGCUAGAACAUAUAAUUGUGGUAGAGGAAAGAGAUUCGGCAAUUGUCCCAUGCCGCACCACUGACCCCACCAGCCAAGUGACUCUAAGAAAUCAGGAAACCGUCAGGACAGUCAACGCCUUUUAUGACAGCAAGCAAGGGUUUGUGGGUAACUUAACAGGAGUAUACACCUGUGAAACAAAAGUCAAUGGCGUGAUGUUUACAACUGAGCCCUUCAUCGUACAGAGAUGGAAAGCUAUUCAAGACUUUCGUGUCGAGAUGAAUGCUCCAAAAACCGUUUUCAGAUCUGGAGAAACCAUCACAGUUUCAUGUAAUAUAUUAGACAUUGAGGUGGUUAACUUGCAGUGGACUUACCCUGGAGUACAGAGAGGGGCUGGUUUUACAAAGGUUGUAGAAACCAAGAAGCCAUAUCAGAAACUGGAAUACACGCUAUCUAUCCCCAACGCUACAGUGGAGGACACCGGGGAGUAUGUGUGCGCGGUUAACCAUGCAACACAAGAUACCAAAGAAAUGAAGAAGGUCACUAUGACUGUGCAUGAGAAAGGGUUUAUUGAUUUGGAACCUAAUUUUCAAUCACUGGAAUAUGCAAAUCUUCAUGAAGUUAAGAGCUUCUCCAUUGACCUACAUGCAUAUCCAGCACCAAAGGUCUUCUGGUUAAAAGACAACAAUACCCUAAGUGAUAAUCUGACAGAGAUUACAACAAGCACUGUGAGACUCCAGGAAACCAGGUUCCAGAGUAAAUUGAAAUUAAUUCGGGCCAAAGAAGAGGACAGCGGCGUAUACACUCUUGUGGCCCAAAAUGAUGCUGAAACUAAACGUUAUUCCUUUGAAUUACAAAUAAAAGUUCCUGCAUUGAUUUUGCAGUUGUUUGAUGACCACAAUGGUUCUUCUAGUCACCAGACUGUUGGGUGUCGGGGCAAAGGCAUGCCUAUUCCGGAUGUGGAAUGGUUAGUUUGCAAGGACAUUAAGAGAUGUAAUAAUGAUACCUUUUGGUCAACUCUGGUUCUUAAUGGAUCGGAAAUCAGCAUGGAGACUCAUGUAAUGGAGGAGAACUCAAUAGAAAGCAAAGUCACCUUCAAGAACAUAGAUGAGACACUGUCAAUCAGAUGUAUUGCAAGGAAUGACCUUGGUGUUGAUGCUAGAGAGCUGAAAUUAGUAGCACCCACCCUACGUUCAGAGCUAACAGUGGCGGCCGCAGUUCUUGUCCUGCUUGUUAUUGUCAUCAUAUCCCUCAUUGUGCUUGUUAUACUAUGGAAACAGAAACCAAGAUAUGAAAUUAGAUGGAGGGUCAUUGAGUCUAUCAGCCCAGAUGGCCAUGAGUAUAUCUAUGUCGACCCAAUGCAGCUACCUUACGAUUCACGGUGGGAGUUUCAAAGAGAUGGACUUGUUCUCGGUCGAAUCCUCGGAUCUGGAGCAUUUGGUAAAGUAGUAGAAGGUACCGUCUAUGGACUAAGCCGUUCCCAGCCAGUGAUGAAAGUAGCAGUAAAAAUGUUGAAACCUACUGCUAGAUCAAGUGAAAAGCAAGCCCUCAUGUCUGAGCUGAAAAUAAUGACACAUCUUGGUGCACAUCUGAAUAUUGUGAACUUAUUGGGAGCAUGUACCAAAUCAGGUCCAAUUUAUAUUAUUACGGAAUACUGCUUCUAUGGAGAUCUCGUGAAUUAUCUUCACAAGAACAGGGACAAUUUUCAGACUCGGCACCCAGACAAACCAAAGAAAGAUCUGGAUAUCUUUGGGUUGAACCCAGCUGAUGAAAGCACAAGAAGCUAUGUCAUCUUAUCCUUUGAAAACAAUGGAGACUACAUGGACAUGAAACCUUCUGACACCACACAAUAUGUACCAAUGCUUGAGAUGAAGGAAGCCUCAAAGUAUUCUGAUAUUCAGAGAUCUUUAUAUGAUCGCCCUGCAUCUUACAAGAAGAAGCCUAUGUCAGAAGUGAAAAGCAUCUUGUCAGAUGAUGGCUGUGAGGGUCUCACUCUCCUGGAUUUGCUCAGUUUCACAUACCAAGUUGCCAGAGGAAUGGAUUUCUUAGCAUCUAAGAAUUGUGUACAUCGUGAUUUGGCAGCUCGAAAUGUUCUUCUGGCACAAGGGAAAAUUGUGAAGAUCUGCGACUUUGGCCUGGCAAGAGACAUCAUGCAUGAUUCCAACUACGUUUCAAAGGGCAGUACAUUUCUCCCUGUGAAAUGGAUGGCACCAGAGAGCAUAUUUGAUAACCUAUACACAACUUUGAGUGAUGUGUGGUCUUUCGGCAUCUUGCUUUGGGAAAUCUUCUCUCUUGGGGGCACACCAUACCCAGGCAUGAUAGUGGACUCCACCUUCUACAACAAGAUAAAAAGUGGCUACAGAAUGACAAAGCCUGAUCAUGCUACACAUGAAGUGUAUGACAUCAUGGUCAAGUGCUGGAAUAGUGAACCAGAGAAAAGACCUUCAUUCGGUCACUUGAGUGAUAUUGUCGAAAGCCUUCUACCUGGAGAAUACAAAAAGUGUUACGAAAAAAUUCUUCAUGAUUUCCUUAAAAGCGACCAUCCAGCAGUUACUCGCAUGAGAAGUGACAGUGACAACUCAUACAUCGGGGUGACUUACAAGAAUGAACAUAAAAUGAAAGACAGGGAAAGUGGGUUUGAUGAACAACGGCUUAGUGCCGACAGUGGUUACAUUAUUCCCCUGCCGGACAUUGACCCCGUGUCAGAGGAUGAAUCAGGGAAAAGAAACAGACACAGUUCACAAACGUCUGACGAGAGUGCAAUUGAGACUGGCUCCAGCAGUUCCACAUUCAUCAAGAGAGAGGACGAGACGAUUGAAGAUAUAGAAAUGAUGGACGACAUUGGGAUCGAUCCGUCAGAUCUGGUGGAAGAUAGUUUCCUGUGAUUCUUUUUUUGAUGAAUCCGUUUCAGAGAUCAAACCAUGAAUUUAAGAGAGAAAGACUGUGAAGUCCAGGGAAUUCUAAUGUUCUUUUUUUUUUUUCAUUUGGAAAACCACUUUAUUGCGUCGGACAAUGUGAGGCGGUGAAUUGUUUGCCUCAACAACCACAUGGUACUUGUUAUGACUUCAUAAGUACUCACAGCAUAUUUGUCAACUGGAAUUAAUGGUUGUUACAAAGACCAAUGAUUUCUAAGCACAUCUUUGAACAAGCGGUACAUCUUUGCAUCUCAUCGUAUGUUUGUGUUUGCUUUCAAUUACAUGGACAAAUAUCAAAACAGUAGCAAUGUUUUUCAAGGGCAUUCAUAGCAACGAAGGAACCGAAAUCAAAUGACUGUUGAAUUUCAUUAUUGUAUUUUUGUAAAUAAAAAAGAAAAGAUGUAAACAUAUUAUAUGGACUAACAGAAGAGACCACUCAUCGGUCCUGUGUACUUCGCUGCUUUGUUAUAACUGUCAAAAGUCUUUUAAACCACUUUGGAAACUAUUAAGACUGAAGGAAAAUGCAGAACCUUUUUUUUAUGAUCAAAAAGUAUUAAGCAAGAGCAUUGCAAAUAACAGAUUGUGGGUCUAUGAACUUGUUGUAGUAUCCCUUUCGUAAAAGUAUUAACAUGAAUACUAAAAUGAUUUUUUGAUAACCCAUUGUAAUUGGUUGGUAGAUUAAUUGCAUUUAACAAAUGAAUUUGGAAGAUUUUUAUAAACUAACAAGGAUUAUUAGCAUAUAUUUCUAUGGAUUAGAAUUUUUAAUAAGAACAUAGAAUUUAGCUAAUGUCAGUUAGAAAUGACGCAUGUGUUGUUAUAGAAUUUACUGACCACUAUAGGGCUUAGAUAACAAUGGGAUCGUAAGGUACAGUACACUUUUUUUUUUUAUUACAGUAAAUACUCACUAUUUUUACAAUGAAAAAAAAAAUACAUCUAAACGAAUAGUCAGUGUUUUGUAAAUGACAAGUUACACCUCAGCCUAGUGAAAACUAAUUUUAAAAGCAAUUUUGCAGAAGUGGUUAUUUACGAAAAAUGGGUUUUGAAGGAGAUUUUAAUCUGUUAAGGCGUCACAAUCAGAAACGUGGUACAAAGUUGUAAUAGUGAAAUAGCCACCGAUGGUUCGAAUCUCUUCCAGAGUGAAUACACCACUUUUAGAACUUACAUCACUUUUAAUAUAAAACAUUGAUAAAUCUCCCCCAUUGUGAUUAUUGAAAAUUUCCUGUGCUUAAAUAACAGAUAGUAACAAUACCACACCCUGGGUUACUAAGACAUUCUAUUUGAGUCUAUAUUAACCCAUUAGGUGGUAGAAUAGUACGGUAACAUGCUGCAAAGCGUUGCAGAGCAAGACAAUGUGUUGCACGCAACUCAGACAGUUAAAUGGUUAAUGGAAAUCUGAUGACCAAGUGGUUCUCGUGUAAUGCACGAGUAAUUAUAUAUGAAAAGUAUUUCGUUGCAGACUGUUACUUCUUUGAAUUCUAAAAAGAAUACCUGUUUAAAAGCAAAAAUAACAUAAAAUUACAUUUUUAUUUUUAUACAUUUAAUAAAAUAUUUUUGCUAAUUUCAGUAUUAAUCAUACAGACAGACAAUAUCUUCUUUAACUCAUUCCAAAUGUUAUUCAAACUAAACUGGAAGAAUUGUUCAGCAAUAAUAACAAUGUUGGACUAUGGACCAAAUUUGAUGUAUUUUAUUACAUUUUUUUUUAAUUUACAUCUACAGUACAAUUUUAAUGCAAGUGUAUAAUAAUUGUUUUACAUUUCUUGUGAAUAUAAAUCAAAUUUCCUGUUUAACAGCAAAAAACUGCCAAUUUCUCUGUCAUCUCUAAGAUUCAGUCUGAUGUUGAUGUGCUCCGUAGCACCACUUUGUUUCUAAACAGUGUGUAUACAUACUUUAUUCAAUGAGGUCUGUAUCAAAUAGUCCUGUAUCUGAUGAAGGACGUAAGCUAUAAUGAUGUUAUACAUCAAUUUGUAUAUUUUUUUCUUACAAUAUAGUCCUUAAAUACUGCCAGACAAUUAUGUUAAGCUGUAUCACUGCCUUUGUUUAUAUUUGUUUUGACUGUGAUGUACUCCACAGAUGCGUAAACUGUUGCACUUUUAAAUGUUCAAAAUUAUAUUUUAGAAUAAUAAAAAAACCUCAUGUUUGGAGAAACAAAGCUGUGAGUGUGAUAACAUAAAUCAUCACUAGCAUAUUUCAUUUUUGU